CAUUUUGCUCUCUCUCUCUCUACUCCCUCUCCUUCCCUGUUAAGAUUAUUGUCCAUGUCCAGGUUAAUGCGAAACAUGAGGCGUACAAACAAUAUGCACCAUGAUCAACUUAGGCAUGCAAGGCAGGCUCGACAUUUUCCUUAUGGUCUGAACCAUCAGAUUGCCUGUAGAAUAUGCGGUCAGGUUUUCAUGAGCAAUCAAGCUCUCGUAGAUCACAUUCAGACUCACAUAAGACAAGAUGAUAUUGUUUCUCUAUUGAGAAGACGACAAGCCAUGAUCCGUACUAUCCUGUCCUCCCGUACAGUCCUAUUUGCAAACGCUUAUCGUUUCAACCUUCCCAAUUCCCCUUUGUUUUCUCCCAGACAGCUCAACAACCUUCGCCGCCGCCCCUAUCCACCGCCUCACGUGGACGCUCUCAACCUUACUUCUUUCAUGCCACAGCUGCAACCUAACCCUUACUCCUCAUCUUUUAACGGAGCCAUGCCUGUUCCAGCGACAGUGCCAAUAUUCUCAACACAACGGUCGCAAACUACAACACUACCUCAUUCUGGCUCGUUGUUCGGACCGUCCCCUCAGCUGCAAACUACAAUACUACCUCAUUCUGGCUCAUUGUCUGCAUCGUCGUCGCCUCAGUUGCAAACUACAAUACCAACUCAUUCUGGUAGCGCGGUACAGCACAGAUCACCAGUGCAGGAGCCUCCUCUUAAUGACCACGCUCGGCCAUUUCUAAGUCAAUUGGAGCAUAUGAGAGAGAACAAAUACGAUGAAGGUGGCUCGAGUUCCAGUGAAUUAGAUUUGACAUUGAAGCUAUAGCAUCAGAAGAAGAAGAUUAAGGUUUAUUUCAGAAAAAUGUAAUUUGGGAAUAGAGUUUCCUGACUCUAUAUUUCACUGUUUAUUGUCUUGUGUCAUGUUUCCAUUGUGUUCACAACACUAGUUUUUAGUGUCUUAAUCAUUUUGAUUUUAAUAACUUUGUAUUGCAGAU